AGACCCUCAUAGAAAGCAAGGAGGAAGGACGCACGGCUGCUAGAGGUGUGCGCCUGUCCACGCACACUUCAUAAUCAUCUGCCCACGCGUGGAUGGAGGCGCAACCAAAAAAAAAAAAAAAAAAAUCCGAAAUGUUUCCGCCUGUGUCUGAGUGAAUGAUCGGCGGAGGAGUGACUGGAUGAACACACCAAACGCCGCGCACGGGCUCUUUCACCCUCUUGCUGCUGCUGUUGCUUGUUUGUUUUCAACUUUGCACAGUCUCUUCUUGAGGUUAAGGUGUGAUUCGCUCGUGUUUUCUGUGCCAAUCCGCGGCUUUUCCUCCUCGUUUCCACCGCGGCGCGAAGUAUGCGAGGAGACCGAGCUCUUCUGCUGGAGCUGGUAGUGUCCCCAGGCUGGGAUUGACUCACGAAAACACAUCAGCGCGCGUUCCUUUUUGGGGGAAAUACUGUUUUUGUUUUAUAUAUAUUUUUUGGGGAAUAGCACUGCGAUGUCUACGCGGAAGGCAUCGCUCACGGACAAGCAGCAAACCAAAAACGGCACGUCCAAAUAUGUCCUGGAGAGAUGCGCGUCUAUUAACGAGCAUUAUGAUAUUGCCUUCAAGGUGAUGCUGCUGGGAGACUCGGCGGUGGGCAAGACGUGCGUGCUUGUGCGCUUCAAAGAUGGCGCCUUCCUGGGGGGCAACUUCAUAGCCACCGUUGGAAUAGACUUUAGGAAUAAAGUGGUGGAUGUGGACAAUCUCAAAGUCAAACUGCAGAUCUGGGAUACAGCUGGUCAGGAGAGGUUCCGCAGUGUAACGCACGCCUACUACAGAGAUGCCCAAGCCUUACUCCUGCUUUAUGAUAUCACCAACAAGCCAUCGUUUGACAACAUCAGGGCUUGGCUGACUGAGAUACACGAUUAUGCCCAGAAGGAUGUGGUCAUCAUGUUGCUCGGCAACAAGUCGGACUUGGCGGCAGAGAGAGUGGUAAAGACAGAAGAGGGGGAGAAGCUGGCAAAGGAAUAUGGAGUACCAUUUAUGGAGACCAGUGCCAAGACUGGAGUCAACGUGGAGCUUGCGUUCCACGCCAUAGCGAGGGAGCUGAAGCACCGAGCCAUGCAGCAGCCCAACGAUCCCAAGUUCCACAUUCACGAUUAUAUCGAGUCCCAAAAGCAGAAGAGCGGCUGCUGUGUGUUGGUUUAACCCCCGUGCUGACACAAAAACAACAUGGACACACAGAUAUAUACAUUAGCGGAGGAAGGGAGUGCGACAAGCCAAUCCCAGCCCUGAAUCACACAGCGCACCUUCUCCUCAGAGGAAGUCCGGGCUGGGCUGUCAAACCCUAAUCUGAAAUGUGAAUUUAAUUUGACGUUUUGUUGUGAGCUGGGCUUGGCAUUAACUUUUUCCUCACUGUGUUUUUUAAAGUUCCCAUAGUACGCUUUAUGAACAUAUUUUGGAUGCCUUAGGACAAGUAUUUCACCUGUGUACCUUGAAGUAAUCUAUAUGUACAAAUAACAAAAUUAUUUCAGGCUUUUUGAAAACAGUUGAGAUAUUUUACAGGCAGUGGGAGUGAAGCAGUAGCAGUUUAAAUAAGACUAAAAGCCAUAGGUGCUAGCAGCUCUCAAAUAGUUUUUUUAGUAAGAGAUGUUUUGAGGCGAAGGAUAUUAUUGAGAGAUCAUCAGUCUGGUGAUGAUGAAUGAAGGAGCACUUUAGUUUUACUCAAUGCUUGAACAAACCAAAAUAAAAAGAAAGAAAAUCUAUUGCAAUGAUUAAUUUGACAUUCGCCGCAAUGGCAUUUAUUGACACCGCAGCGGUCGGACACAGCGGCUCGUUGAAAUGAAUGUUUUUUCGAGUUCAAAAGUAAAUUUGGCUGCUCAGUUCAUGUUAAUGUCAAGCCCUGGUUGUGAGAAAACUUUGUGGUCUUUUGUGGUGACAGAUGUGAUACGCUGCAUCUCGAUUCUUAAUGAUCUGAUUUCUCUGUUAAAUGCCCCACCCACCAAACAGAGAGGCCCGACUUUAGGUAGUGACAUCUCUCUUUUUUGGGCUGGUGUAACUUACAAACUGAGAUGCGCCUGAGCCUAAAGCUACAAAACAAAUGCUGAACCCCAUUUGCAGCUUAACAAUCAAUAUGGCUGCCUCAGUGGGUGGGGCUUUUUACUCUGCAGUGUGUUUUUCAUCCCAUGUUUACCAGGCUGUGAACUCAGUCCCUUUGGCCUUACAGUCCUCAUCUUAACCAUUCUUCAGUCAGAUUGUAGCUUGGAAACAGUCUCAUUAGUUCAUGUGUGUACUGUGGUUAGGUAGAAUAAAGCCAAUGUUUGGAGGGCACUC